UGACAUUUUUUCGCUCACUCAACAUGCUGACGCCGAGCAGGAAGAAGUAAAAGCAAAAGCUUAAUUUUUCCAAAUAAACAAACAAGUAAAUCGAAAUAAAAAUACAAUUUUAUCGGUACAAGACACUACAUAAUAAUGCCGAAAAUACGUCGUAGCCGGAAACCACCACCAGAAGGUUGGGAGCUCAUUGAACCAACUCUAGAGGAAUUGGAACAAAAAAUGCGAGAAGCUGAAACUGAACCUCAUGAGGGGAAGCGUAAACAAGAGUCACUUUGGCCAAUAUUCAAAAUUCACCAUCAGAAGUCCAGAUAUAUAUAUGACCUGUUCUACAGACGUAGAGCAAUAAGCAGGGAGUUGUACCAAUACUGCUUAGAUGAGAAGAUUGCCGAUGGAAACCUUAUAGCGAAAUGGAAGAAGACUGGAUAUGAAAAUUUGUGUUGCUUAAGAUGUAUCCAAACUAGAGACACAAAUUUUGCUACAAAUUGUAUUUGUCGCGUACCAAAGAGCAAGUUGGAGGAAGGCAGGAUUGUAGAGUGUGUGCAUUGUGGCUGCAGGGGGUGCUCGGGAUAAUAAUUUAGGUAAAUAGCAUACAUUCAGAAGUGUGUAAUUUCUAUGAAAAUAAAUUGUGACUUGUUCAUAUUGCUAGUAAUUAAAUAAUUUUAAGUCUGUA